GGAGGUGGGGACUUCUGUUCUUGAUAAAAAGGAGCCUGAGAUAGAGGGAAAAAGCAUUGAGGUGGGGGGUUUCUUUGGAGUAGGGACUUUGAGGAGACAAAGGAAACAAAAAAAUGAAUGUUUUGGCCUCAGAAUGUAGUAGUGGGUGUGAGUCUGGUUGGACUAAUUACUUAGAACAGUCUUUUCUAUCUGCUAACCCUUCACAUAAAGCUAAUGGGUUCAAUGAUAAAAAGAGUGGUUUUUGUGAAGAACGUAGGAAGAUUAGAGGUGAAGAAGAGGUUGAUGAUGAAGAAGAAGACCUUUCUAUGGUUUCUGAUGCAUCUUCUGGGCCUCCACAUUUCUAUGAAGAUAAUGGUUAUUUCAAUGAUGAUAAUCAUUAUCAAUAUACCGUACCUAAACGUGCUAUGUUGAAUAAAAAUAAUGGUGGUAAAAAACACAGAAACAAGGAACAUCCAAGACACCGGGAAGAUCAAGAGCUGCCCUCUUUUCUUGAUGAUACUGCCAGCUCUCCUCUCAUCAAUUUCUCCAAGAACAAUUUCGCUCUCACCAGUAAUCAAGCUUCAAUGGAGAGUGUCUUUGAUUAUGCCCAGGGGUUCUCUGCGACACACUUUCAGCAUUAA